ACCUCACCACUUAUCUAUAAAACUCAACCGGCAGUAAACAAGUUUGUUAAGCUUAUUUACAUAGACUUGUUUUAGAUUAAUAAACGUGAUUUUAGUUGUGACCCGUCAACCAUACAGACGUUAUGAAGUCGUUCAUAGAAUAUUCGUCAGACACCGACUUUCCUAUUGAAAAUUUACCUUAUGGUGUAUUUACUUCGCCUAAAAAUGAACAAAAACACAUAGGAGUGGCUAUCGGCGAAUGGAUAUUAGAUUUGAAUGUCAUAUCGCAUUUAUUUAAUGGCGAUCUCUUGAGAGACCAACAACAUGUUUUCAAAGAAGAAAAAUUAAACUCUUUUAUGGAGUUGAAAAAAAGUUAUUGGAGUGAAGCAAGAGCAACGAUACAAAAUCUAUUGGAUGUAAAUAAUCAAACUUUACAAAAUGAUUCACAAUUACGAGAAAGGGCAUUUGUCAAGCAGAGCGAAGCCAAAAUGCAUUUACCAGCUGACAUCGGUGAUUACACAGAUUUCUAUUCCUCUAUACAUCAUGCUACCAACGUUGGCAUUAUGUUCAGGAGCAAAGAAAAUGCGCUCAUGCCUAACUGGAAAUAUAUACCAGUCGGCUACCAUGGUCGAUCCAGCUCCAUUAUUGUAUCCGGAACACCGAUUAGGAGACCAUAUGGACAAACUUUGCCAGUUGAAGGCGCCGACCCCCAUUUCGGUCCAUGCAGAUUGAUGGAUUUUGAAUUAGAAAUGGCCUGCUUCGUUGGUGGACCUCCUACUAAACUAGGUGAAAGAGUGACUGCCAAACAAGCUGAAGAACACAUCUUCGGAUUUGCAUUGAUGAACGAUUGGAGUGCUCGCGACAUUCAAAAAUGGGAGUACGUACCCUUAGGGCCAUUUACGGCCAAAAAUUUGGGAACAACAAUUUCGCCUUGGGUGGUGACGGUAGACGCCUUGAGACCUUACAUUGUAGAGAACUACCCUCAAAACCCGCCACCAUUCCCUUACUUAAAACAUGAAGAUAACUUCAACUUUGAUAUUAAACUGGAAGUGGAUUUGAUAUCUGAAAAAUCACCAGUGGUCACUACGAUUAGUCGUUCCAACUACCGGUUCCUAUAUUGGACAGUUAAGCAGCAAUUGGCUCAGCAGACCAUCACAGGAUGCAACCUCAACCCUGGAGAUCUUCUCGGCUCGGGGACCAUCAGUGGUGACACAUCUGAUUCUUAUGGCAGUAUGCUUGAAUUAAGUUGGAAAGGAACGAAACCUUUACGUCUAAAGUCUGGUGAGGAACGUAAAUUCUUACAAGAUGGCGACACUGUUAUACUCCGCGGUUACUGCGUUAAUGAAAAUGGCGUUCGCAUCGGUUUCGGCAACUGUGCAGGAAAAUUGCUACCCGCUGUACCAUUUGAAUAAAAUUUUCUUGUCUAAAUUUA